UGUAAAAAUCGCAGAAGUAGAGUAUGAAUGGAUCCCGUCAAAAGAGACAAACGUUUCUUGUUUGGAAGAAUUCAUGAGAAGAAAACAGUAGUUGGCCUUUCGCUCAAGAAAAUUUGAACGUACUACAGCUAAACGGUGUUUAAAAUUACGUGAUGGCAGCAUCAUUACCACAGAAGACAGGCAUGGCAGGGAUGCCCACUCAGCAGCAGCCCCCCCAAAUGCCCCCUGGUGGCGCCAUGGCAACAGGUCAGCAGCCAAUGCCACCCCAGGGUGCGCUCAGAGAGAUUUCCCCUGUGUUUCUGUGUCGGAUUGGACAGGAAACCGUCCAGGACAUUGUCACUCGUACCAUGGAAAUCUUCCAGAUCACACGAGCCACGCAACUUCCCAAUGGUGUGACUCAGAGUCAGGCAAUGUACCAGGAUCGCUUUGGGAAACUGCAGGAACACUUGAGGCAGCUCGCCCUGCUCUUCCGCAAGCUUCGUCUGCUGUAUGAGCGCUGCGUGGAGAUGACCGCUGACCUGCAGGAGGGGCCGGCAGAGCUUGUGCCCUAUGUUGGAGAAGAGCUGGUCAAUGUCAGGGUGGAGUCUUGCAGUCCUUCAGUCCACCAGGAGAGAAAAGAAGUCCUAGAGAAAGUACGUCAGAAGAACCAGGAGAUGAAGGUUCUCAUGGAUCAGAUGAGGAACUUGCUAUGGGACGUCAAUGCCAUGUUGACACUAAGGAAAUGAUCAAUGUUGAGGGACUGAGUGGACAAGUACAGGGCCACCACAAGACAACAUUGAAGAGAGACACUUUUGGAUAAAUAAUCUUUGCUAUUCCCCUUCUGCAAUAGAAAUUUUCUGAAAGUAAUUGAGGUGUCCCCCCCCCUGCCCUUCCAAAAAAAAAAAGGUUCAUCAUCACCUUUACUGUUGAUGCCACAAGAGGGCGGCACAGCACUGUUUUUGUUCUAAAUGAAGGUCAAUUGACACCAAAAUGCCACAAGAUGCACAAUUUUCUCUAAAUGAAGCUUCUUAAUGUACGUCAACAUAGUCCUGUGACACCAAGAUAGCAGCAAGAUACCUUUUUUCAGGAAUGACAACCACAAAUAUGCAGGGUUUACUGUAUAGCUGUCUAUAGUUGAACCCAUGAUUAGAAGCGGGUUGUUGUUCGGUAACAGUUGAUGAGAUAUGACUUACAAGGCAGCUCAACGUUUUCUAUUUUUACUGAAAUAAGUUAUGAACUCAUUUUUGGAAAACUUGUAUUCCAUCGGGUCACAACAAGUUUUUUUUUUUUUUCUUUGCUACCAUCUGUUGUCUCGACACCUAAUGCAUCAAAUCAUAACAGGCACUUCUUCCAGAAAGCUGUGUAAGUAAUAUUGUGCUCAUUAUGGCCCUUCUGAAAAGUUUGAGGUGCACGGUUCCAACUGGCUCCUUGGCAGCUAUGUACAGUACAUCUCAGGUGUUUUGUACUUUGUGUGUUUGUGUGUUAUGUGCAUGCGUGUGCUUAAUGAGUCUUCCUCAGUGCUCAACGAUGUUUGCCCUUGUUGUUCAGGCUUGGUUGCCUAUGAAUAAUUUUGUCAACUGGGUCCUAUCUGUUUUGUACAGUAUUGUUUUUGUAAUUAAAUUUAA